ACAGCGGGUCCACCUCCAGGGCACAGGCUGUAGCUCAUUCUGACCACUGAUCCUCUCCUGGGAAUAACUUUUAAGGCUUUGGGGGGUUUUAAAAGGUUUUUUUGGGGGAGGACAGCUUUACUUUCAAGUUUAAGCAACACAAAAUGGCACCAAAGAAGGAUGUAAAGAAACCAGCAGCAGCGCCCGCACCAGCGCCAGCUCCAGCACCUGCGCCAGCACCAGCAAAACCCAAAGAACCCGCAAUCGAUCUCAAGAGCAUCAAGAUCGAGUUCUCCAAGGAGCAACAGGAUGACUUCAAGGAGGCCUUCCUCCUCUUUGACAGGACUGGUGAUGCCAAAAUCACCCUGAGCCAGGUUGGCGAUAUCAUCCGGGCACUGGGGCAGAACCCAACAAAUGCAGAGAUCAACAAGAUCCUGGGCAACCCCAGCAAAGAGGAGAUGAAUGCCAAGAAAAUUACUUUUGAAGAGUUCCUGCCCAUGUUGCAAGCAGCUGCUAACAACAAGGAACAGGGUACCUAUGAAGACUUUGUUGAAGGUCUGCGUGUCUUUGACAAGGAAGGCAAUGGCACAGUCAUGGGGGCUGAACUCCGUCACGUACUGGCUACUCUGGGUGAGAAGAUGACAGAAGAGGAAGUAGAAGAACUCAUGAAAGGUCAGGAAGACUCCAAUGGCUGCAUCAACUAUGAGGCAUUUGUAAAGCACAUCUUGUCGGUUUAAGUGGGCUUCCCCUGACACCAAAGG